GGCUAUAUUCUUUCUGGUUUCAACGCCAAGGUAGGAAGUGGCAGUAUGUGGCUUGCUUCCUAGGCGCACAUGCUAUUCGAAAAUACCGAGUGUCUGAGUAUACCGAUGAGGUAUUAACGAGGAGACUCCGGGCGGAUGUUUCCAUCGGGUCUUCCACAAGGAUAGCCCCAGGGACAGGGCUGGCGCCUCCCAUGAUGGCCUAACUUUCUCAGCGUUGUGUACCUAUACGUACGUGCUUGGUCGGGAUUGGAAGCCUCGGUUUUCGUGAUUGUUGGCCGCCGUCGUCCUCGAACUCCUGGGUACGUAGGUAACUCGUCUGCCAGCCCUGCGUAUAUAAAGGUACGUAGUGCCCGUACCUUCUUCUCCAUAACCCAGGCUCAUACACACAGAAUAACCCGUUCACAUAGACAAGCAGUUGUCGAGAUGGGUGCCGUUCAAUCUUCAACCAAGACCUUCUGGCUGGCCGUCAAGGCCUUCGGCGAGCUAAACGCGGAGUUCCGGGCGCUUCUGCGGCGCGCGAGCCAGGCGCCGGGCCUGCCGGUCCCCAACCCAUCGCCGUCGUACUGGCUCGAGGACCCGCCGUUCCCGGACCUCGUGGAUACGCUGUCGCCGGCGCUGCCCGAGGCGGCGGACAUCGUGAUCAUCGGGUCGGGGAUCACCGGCGCCGCCGUGGCGCGGACGGUGCUGCGCGAGUCGGCGCGGCGGCGCGGCAGGGCGGCGGCCUCUCCAAUACCGCGCGUCGUCGUGCUCGAGGCGCGGGCGCUGUGCUCCGGCGCGACGGGCCGCAACGGCGGCCAGAUCAAGAGCGCGCCGCACGAGGCCUUCGCCGCCUUCCGCGCGACGCUGGGCCCCGCGCGCGCCGCCGCCCUGACGCGCUUCCAGCUCGCCCACCUCCCCCUGCUGACCGACCUGUGCCGCGCCCGCGGCUGGGCCCCGGCCGAGUGCCGCGAGGUCGAGACCGUCGACCUGUACCUCUCCGACGAAGACCGCGACGCCGCGUUCGCGAGCGUCGAGGAGCUCCGCAAGUGGGUCCCCGAGAUCGAGAUCAAGACGUGGGACGGCGCCGGCGCGCAGGAGGUCAACCGGCACGUCAAGGGCGCGAUAUCCUACGUGGCGGGGGCGCUGUGGGCCUCGCGGUUCGUCAGCUGCGUGUGGGAGGAGCUGCUGGCGCGGUUUGAGAAGCACCUGUCGAUCGAGACGCACACGCCGGCGCUCGCGGUGCGGACGGCGGGCCGCGACGCGGCGUUCGCGUACGAGGUGGUGACGGGCCGCGGCGUGGUCCGGUGCGACCACGUGGUGCACGCGACGAACGCGUUCGCGCCGCAGCUCGUGGCCGGCCUGCGCGGCAAGCUGACCGGGGUCCUCGACACCAUGUCGGCGCAGCGGCCGGGCGCCGACUUCCCGGCGCUGGGCGGCGCGCGGUCGUGGACCGUCGUCUACGACGGCGCCUUCGACUACGUCACGCAGCGGCCGGCCCCGCCCGCCGCCGCGCCCGCGGGAGCCGGGUCGCCGCCGCAGGGCGACAUCAUGAUCGGCGGCGGGUUCGCGCGCGCGCGCGAGGAGUGCGCCGCCAUGGUCGGCGUGUGGGACGACGGGCGCGUCGACGCGCCGCCCGUCGCGCAGAUCAGCGGCAUCUUCCCGACGCUGUUCGCGCCGCGGUGGGGCGCGCCGGCGCCGGGGAGCCGCCGCGCGCGGCGCGCCUGGACGGGCGUCCUGGGCGUGACGGGGGACCGGCGGCCGUUCGUGGGGCGGCUCGACGCGGAGCUGACGGGGCGGUCGCCGCCGCGGGGAAGCAACCGCGACGACGCCGCCGCCGCCACCGGCGUCCGGCCCGGUGAGUGGAUCGCGGCCGGGUACUGCGGCGACGGCAUGGUCUGGGCCUGGCUCUCGGGCACCGCGCUCGGCGUCAUGCUGGCGGGCGCCGAGGACGACGACGCGCCGCCGGAGCCCGGGCGCCCCGGCGGCGCCCUCGCCGACUGGUUCCCGCGCGACCUGGAGCCGACGCCGCGGAGGCUGAGGAGGGCCGGGCUGGAAGCUCUGGCCCAUCGGUUUUUCUAA